AUGGUUAUGAAACCUGAAGUUGAGCAGGAAUUGGCUCACAUUUUGUUGACUGAACUGUUGGCUUACCAGUUUGCGUCGCCUGUGAGAUGGAUUGAAACGCAAGAUGUGUUUUUGAAAGACUUCAACACUGAGAGAGUGGUUGAGAUUGGUCCUUCGCCUACCCUUGCUGGUAUGGCGCAGAGAACCAUCAAAAACAAGUAUGAGUCAUACGACGCAGCCUUGUCUCUACAAAGAGACGUUUUGUGCUACUCCAAGGACGCCAGAGAAAUCUACUACACUCCAGACCCAGCUGACCUCGCUGCCAAAGAAGAGGCCACCGGCUCUGCUGGAGAUGCCAGUGCCUCUGGUGGUGCGCCAGCAGCCGCUGCAUCCGCUACUCCUGCAGCUGCUCCUGCCGCAGCAGCAGCACCAGUUGCAGCACCAAGUGGCCCCGUUGCCGAAAUUCCCGAUGAGCCCGUCAAGGCUGGCCUACUGUUGCACGUUCUCGUCGCCCACAAGUUGAAGAAGGGUACCGAUCAAAUCCCGCUUGCUAAGACAAUCAAAGACUUGGUCGGAGGUAAAUCCACUGUCCAAAACGAAAUUUUGGGUGACUUGGGUAAGGAAUUCGGUACUACACCAGAAAAACCAGAAGAAACUCCCUUGGAGGAAUUGGCUGAGUCUUUCCAAGACACCUUCAAUGGUCAGUUGGGUAAGCAAUCGACUUCAUUAAUUGGCAGACUUAUGUCUUCCAAAAUGCCAGGUGGUUUCACUAUCACCACGGCAAGAAAGUACUUGCAAACUCGCUGGGGUCUGGCUGCCGGUAGACAAGACUCCGUCUUGUUGGUAGCUUUGUCUCAAGAACCAGCUGCACGUUUGGGUUCAGAAGGUGAUGCCAAGCAGUUUUUGGAUACUGCUGCUCAGAAAUACGCCGCGAUGAGCGGUCUAGACUUGUCUGCUGCCACGGCGUCUGCCGCAGGCGGUGCUUCCGGCGGAGCCGGUGGAGCUACCAUCGAUGCCGCAGCAUUCGAGGAAUUGACCAAGGACCAAAAGGUGUUGGCUCGUCAACAGUUGGAAGUGUUGGCUCGUUACUUGAAGAUGGACUUGAACAAUGGUGAAAAGAAGUACCUACAAGAAAAGACCACUACGGAGCAAUUGCAAGCACAAUUGGAUUUCUUGACCAACGAACUAGGCGACUACUUUGUUCAAGGUAUUUCUACUUCUUUCUCUAGAAAGAAGGCAAGAACUUUCGAUUCCUCCUGGAACUGGGCCAAACAGUCUCUUCUUUCGUUGUACUUUGAGAUUAUUCAUGGAGUUUUGAAGAAUGUGGACCGUGAGUUGGUGGCCGAAGCCAUUAACAUUAUGAACAGAUCCAACGAAACAUUGAUUAAAUUCAUGGAAUAUCACAUUUCUCAAACUAAAGUUGAAGAAGGUGAUAACUACAAACUCGCUAAAACAUUAGGCGAGCAGUUGAUCGAAAACUGUAAGCAAGUACUUGACUUGGAUCCUGUUUACAAGGAUGUCACCAAGCCAACCGCACCUCAAACUGUGGUUGACAAGAAUGGUAACAUCAAUUAUGACGAGGUUCCAAGACCUGCUGUAAGAAAGCUGUCCCAAUACGUUGAAGAAAUGGCUCUUGGCGGCGCAUUGACUAAGGUUAAGCAACCAACACUACAAGAAGAUUUGACUCGUGUUUACCAGACCAUUAACGCCCAGGCGGCCGAACACAACAUCUCUGACUCCACCAAGAUCCAGUUCGAGAAAUUGUAUGGCGAACUGUUGAAGUUUUUGGAGACUUCGAGCGAAAUCGACGCAUCUGCCUCUACCAGACUUGCUGGUGUCGUCGACGACGCUUUGGAUAAGGAUGCCACCAAAGAAGUUGCCUCCUUACCAAACAAAUCGGAAUUGGCGAAACAUGUAUCUUCGACGAUUCCAAGAGAAACUGUGCCUUUCUUGCAUUUGAAAAAGAAGUUAGCCAGUGGCGACUGGGUUUACGACCGUCAAUUGUCCUCUUUGUUCUUGAAUGGUUUGGAGAGUGCUGCAAUCAACGGUGUGACUUUCAAGGGGAAGUACGUUCUGAUCACUGGGGCUGGUGAAGGUUCUAUUGGUGCUGAAGUGCUACAAGGCUUAAUUCAAGGUGGUGCUAAGGUCAUUGUCACCACCUCUCGUUUCUCCAAGAAGGUCACCGACUACUAUCAAAGCCUCUACGCCAAAUACGGUGCUAAGGGAUCUACUUUGGUGGUUGUGCCUUUCAACCAAGGUUCGAAGCAGGACGUUGAAGAGUUGAUUAGCUUCAUAUACGAUGAAGAAAAGAACGGCGGCCUUGGAUGGGACCUAGACGCCAUCAUUCCAUUUGCUGCCAUCCCAGAAAAUGGUAUUGAGCUUGAGAAUAUCGACUCCAAGUCCGAAUUCGCUCAUAGAAUCAUGCUCACCAACAUCUUGAGAAUGUUGGGUAAUGUUAAGAAACAGAAGUCUGCUCAAGGUAUUGAGACCAGACCAGCCCAAGUUAUCCUACCAAUGUCUCCAAACCACGGUACUUUUGGUGGUGACGGUAUGUACGCCGAAUCCAAAUUGUCUUUGGAGACUCUAUUCAACAGAUGGCACUCCGAGUCUUGGUCCAACCAGUUGACCAUCUGUGGUGCAAUUAUUGGAUGGACCAGAGGUACCGGUUUGAUGUCUGCGAACAACAUCAUCGCGGAAGGUAUUGAAAAGUUGGGUGUCCGCACUUUUUCCCAGAGAGAAAUGGCUUUCAAUUUGCUAGGUUUAUUAACCCCAGAAGUUGUCCAACUAUGUCAAACCUCCCCGGUCAUGGCGGACUUGAACGGUGGUUUCCAAUUUUUGCCUGAUUUGAAGGAGUUCACUGCUAAGUUGCGUAAGGAGUUGACUGAAACCUCUGAGGUCAGAAAGGCUGUUUCCAUUGAAACUGCCCUUGACCACAAGAUCGUGAACGGCAGCAAUGCUGAUGCCGCCUAUGCUAAAGCGGAAGUUCAACCCAGAGCAAACAUUCAGCUAGACUUCCCUACCCUAAAACCUUACGAGCAAGUUCAAAAACUCGCACCUAAGGAACUCGAGGGAAUGUUGGAUUUGGAAAAAGUCAUCGUUGUUACCGGUUUCUCUGAAGUUGGUCCAUGGGGUUCAGCCAGAACAAGAUGGGAAAUGGAAGCUACCGGCGAAUUUUCCUUGGAAGGUUGCGUUGAAAUGGCUUGGAUUAUGGGUCUUAUCAAAUACCAUAAUGGUAACUUGAAGGGUCGCCCAUACACCGGCUGGGUCGAUGCCAAGACGAACGAACCCGUUGAGGAUAAGGACAUUAAGGCCAAGUACGAAGGUCACAUCUUAGACCAUUCUGGUAUUAGAUUCAUCGAACCUGAGCUUUUCAAUGGAUACGACCCUAAGAAAAAACAGAUGAUUCAAGAAGUUGUCAUUGGUGAGGAUCUCGAGCCUUUUGAAGCCUCCAAGGAAACUGCCUUGCAAUUCAAACAUGAGCAUGGUGACAAGGCCGACAUUUUUGAAAUCCCAGAAACCGGUGAAUACACCGUUAAGUUGUUGAAGGGUGCAACACUUUACAUUCCAAAAGCCCUUAGAUUCGAUCGUUUGGUUGCGGGUCAAGUUCCUACUGGUUGGAAUGCCAAGACCUACGGUAUCUCAGACGAUACCAUUUCUCAAGUGGAUCCUAUCACUCUGUUUGUGCUUGUUUCGGUCAUUGAAUGUUUCAUUUCCUCUGGUAUCACUGAUCCUUAUGAAAUGUACCAAUACGUUCACGUUUCCGAAGUCGGAAACUGCUCUGGUUCAGGUAUGGGUGGUGUUUCUGCUUUACGUGGUAUGUUUAAGGACCGUUACAAGGAUCAACCAGUCCAGAAUGAUAUUUUGCAAGAGUCGUUCAUUAACACCAUGUCUGCCUGGGUUAAUAUGUUGUUGAUUUCUUCUUCCGGACCCAUCAAGACUCCUGUUGGUGCUUGCGCUACCGCUGUCGAAUCCUUGGAUGUUGGUGCGGAAACUAUUCUCUCUGGUAAAGCGAAGAUCUGUAUUGUCGGUGGUUACGAUGACUUCCAAGAAGAAGGAUCCUACGAAUUCGGUAACAUGGGAGCGACUUCCAACUCUUUGGACGAAUUUGACCAUGGCCGUACACCAGCUGAGAUGUCGAGACCUACUACCACGAGCCGUAACGGUUUCAUGGAAUCUCAAGGUUCUGGUAUCCAGGUUAUUAUGGGUGCGGACCUUGCUUUGAAGAUGGGUGUUCCAAUUUACGGUGUCUUGGCUUUGACCGCGACUGCUACCGAUAAGAUUGGUAGAUCCGUCCCUGCUCCAGGUAAGGGUAUCUUGACUGCUGCCAGAGAGCACCAAGGUAGUUUGAAGUUCCCAUCUCCAUUGUUGAACAUCAAGUACAGAAGACGCCAACUGGACAACCGCAUUGCUCAGAUCAAGAACUGGGUUGAAAAUGAGCUUGAACUGUUGAAAUACGAGGCUGAAGAGGUACCACAGCAAGACCAAACUUCGUUCUUUGCUGAACGUACUGAAGAGUUGCAGCGCGAGGCUGAGAGACAGCUCAAGGCUGCUCAAGCUCAAUGGGGUAACGAAUUCUACAAGAGCGACCCACGUAUUGCUCCUUUGAGAGGAGCUUUGGCUACUUUCGGUCUAACAAUUGACGAUUUGGGCGUUGCUUCAUUCCACGGUACAUCGACUAAGGCCAACGAUAAGAAUGAAUCUGCAACGAUCAAUAAGAUGAUGGAGCACUUGGGCAGAUCUGAAGGUAACCCUGUUCUAGGUGUUUUCCAGAAGUACUUGACAGGUCAUCCAAAGGGUGCCGCUGGUGCUUGGAUGAUGAACGGUGCUUUGCAGAUGUUGAACUCUGGUAUUGUUCCUGGUAACCGUAAUGCGGACAAUGUUGACAAGGUUCUAGAGCAAUUUGAGUACAUCUUGUACCCAUCCAGAAGCAUCAAGACAGAUGGUAUCAAGGCCGUGUCUGUGACCUCGUUCGGUUUUGGUCAAAAGGGUGGUCUGGCGAUCGCAGUGCACCCAGAUUAUUUGUAUGCCUCUGUGGACAAGUCAACCUACAAUGCUUACGUUGCCAAGGUCUCUGCCAGAGAACAAGCUGCUCACCAAUACUUCCACAACGGUAUGAUCAACAACUCGUUGUUUGUGGCUAAGGAGCAUCCUCCUUACGUGGACGAGCUCGAGCAGCCAGUAUACUUGGAUCCAUUGGCCCGUGUCAGUGCCAACAAGAAGACCGGUCUCUUGGCUUUUGAUGAGAAAAGCUUGAAUGGUCCUUCCACUUACGUUUCCGACGCCAACUUGAAAACUUCGGAAGUUGUGAGUCAGCUUGCCAAAGCUGCGUCUGCUGAGGGCAAUGUUGGUGUGGGUGUCGACGUGGAGUUGAUCAAGUCUGUCAAUGUGGAGAACGACACCUUCAUUGAGCGUAAUUUCACCGCUGAUGAGAUCGCCUACUGCCAGAAACAGCCAUGUGUUCAGAGUUCGUUCGCGGGCACGUGGUCCGCGAAAGAAGCGGUUUUCAAGUCGCUUGGUGUUAAGUCCCAAGGUGGCGGUGCUGCUUUGAAGGACAUUGAGAUUACUCGUGCCAAUGGCAGCGGUCCCCAGGUGACCCUCCACGGCGCUGCAUCGUCAGCCGCUGCCGCUGCCGGUGUGAAAAACGUGUCUGUGUCGAUCUCUCACGACGACUUCCAAGCCGUUGCCGUUGCCUACUCGCAGAAAUGA